CACAAAGCAAAACAGAAUGGGUAUAAAAGAUAAUAAUAAAAUAUACGAAAAUAGAAGUGCAGUAAAAAAUAUUAAGAAAACGGUGUCGUUGGAACAACAUGGCCGGUGGAGCUCAUACUUUAGGUGCUCUAUUAAAAGGCUGGAAUAGGCUAGCAACGAGGGGGAGGAAGCUAGCGAGCGACAAAGUAAGAGAAUGGCAUCAAUGGCAUCAUCAUCAAGCUUUCUCUACUAUAACAAAUACAAAAGCAGAAGCAAAGCCAAAGCCCAAAUACUUCCACGCAUCGUCCUUUCUCAGUCCUCCCAGCUGCCCGACGAUAAACCCCACCACCAACUUCCUCGAAGGGAAAUCAUAUUGAGGAGCAGCGAAUUAGCUGUUAUAGGAGCCAUCUUCAGUUUCAGUGGGAAGAAACCAGAAUAUCUAGGAGUGCAGAAAAAUCCCCCAUCGCUGGCUCUUUGUCCUGCUACUAACAACUGUAUUUCAACCUCUGAGAAUGCCACUGAUCUCACCCACUACGCCCCACCAUGGAAUUACAAUGGUGGGCGUAAUAGGAAAAAGCCAGUGAAUCGUGAAGUGGCAAUGGAAGAGCUUCUUCAAGUGAUAAAAUCAACGAAACCAGACAAAUAUACCCCCAAAAUCGUGGAGAAGAAAGACGAUUACGUGCGCGUUGAAUAUCAAAGUCCCAUACUAGGGUUUGUGGAUGAUGUGGAGUUCUGGUUUCCACCCGGCAUUGCGAGUGGAGUUGGAAAAGAAAGGAUGGGCUUCCGUAGAAACGUUUUAAAAGGACAAAAACAUCAUUUUGUACUGUACUCCUAGAUUGUUGUUUCACACCACUGUUCAAAGAUUUUGUUAUAAAUCAUCAAUGCAAGAUUUGUGUCACUUGCGUUUCCAUAA